AUGGAAUCAGAGCACAAAAUUACAUCGACAGGCACAGGACCUCAGAAACUUGAUGAACAAAAGAGAACCGGUCACGGCAAGCCCGAGGUUUCAGGUCCAUGGCACGUCAUGGCUGCCUACUUGACGGGGAACUCUCCAGAGUUAAGAGAGCUGAAUGCCCUCCGCAAAAGGGGAUGGGAAAACCCUGAAGGUGACCAGUUUUUCCAGCGACAACGCAAAAAUGCCGACCAUCCAAGUGCCAAAAACGCCAAAUUCUUCUACGGCCUGAUGCAAAAGAUUGGUGAUGAUCUACAAAAAGCUGUCUUUGCCUUUGCCGACUUUGGCGAUAGUUUUGAACAAAAAGUAAUUUAG